AUGACGGAAUUUAUGAAAAUUUGCGUUGAAUUCGUAGCUAUUUCAUCCUUUUUAUCUAGUAGAGCGAGAAAAAUUCCACUGGAUAAAGUCAUAGGAAAAGCUCUUCAAGAAAUUCCAUACAUUAUUCAAUUUUGUAAUGAAAAUACAUUUACAGAAUCAAGGACAAUGAAACAAAAUAUUGCUACUUCAAUCGACUCUCUUUAA